GGAAGCAAUAUAUUUUUAUUAUUACAAGAAACAAUAUAUUUUCGUGCAGGUGAUGCUGUAUGUGUGAAGGCGUUAACAGGACGUCUUCAUAGGAUCAUUAGUGAGAGGAGUAGAAUUAGGACAUCCCGCCCAUCAAGUCUACUCCGCCAUUUAGUCAUGGCUGAUCUAUCUCUCCCUCCCAUUCUCCUGGAUUUCAAACACGGUUGUGAUUUGUGUCAUAGUCACACAGCACGGAAACAGGCCCUUCGGCCCAUCUCGUCCAUGCCCUCCAAGAUGCCCCAUCUAAGCUAGACUUAUUUGCCCGCCUUUGGCCCACAUCCCUGCAAACCUUCCUUAUCCUCGUUCAAGCCAAGUGUUCACAGUCCAAGAGGCCAAAGGUCCCCAAUUUCCCAGGCAUUCUUCCUCGAGCACAAGACCAGUGGAUUAUUCACAGUUUAACAUGAAAGGGCUUCACAAUUAAUGGCACUUUUAUUUAUUUUAGCAAAUAAUACAAAGCAGCUUUUGGACUCGAGGCGAGUAUAUACGAAAGGUUUCAGCCUGUGUGGGCAGUGACCUAUUCAACAUGCAUUCAUGGUUGCAAAACAACCCACUGUUGAACAAUUCCUGAACGACGCUGGCAAGGAAUGCAAAGGGUAAAGUAUUCUGCGGUGUGGACUCUGACUCAAUAGGAAGCAGUCUCACCUCGCAGUCAGAAGAUGUCCGGCAACCUCAGGUCGCAGAUGGAUGCGUUGGAGAGUCGCCUGGAGGAACUGUCCGGGACCUGGUCCCUGGAGCUUAUCUCGAGUCUAACGCAGGAUGCCCGUGAACUGGCUGAGCAGAAGAACCGGAAUAGGCGAAGCCAUCACAACUCCGGGACCCAGGGAGAAGCUGAGGACAGCAUCAUGAUGAUGACUUAUUCAAUGAUCCCGGUUCGAAUCUUAGUGGACUUGUGCAACAGCACAAAGGGGAUAUGCUUGACAGGGCCACCGGGACCAGUUGGAUCUCCAGGCCCCCCUGGUUUGGAUGGUCCACCUGGAUUGAAUGGUUCAGAUGGACUCAUUGGACUUCCUGGACCACCUGGGAAGGAAGGCAAGCGAGCUCGGAAAGCCUCCCCUGGACCGAGAGGGGAGCAAGGAGAGGCAGGACCCAAGGGUGACACAGGAGAGCCCGGCCCACCUGGGUCAGAUGGGUUACCUGGUCCUAUGGGUGUUCCUGGACCAAAAGGCGAGAAAGGAGAACCUCAUAAUGAGAUCAUCUUAGAAGGUCAGAGAGGCCCCCCCGGUCCGCCUGGACAACCAGGGUCUCCGGGCCCAGCUGGACCCCCUGGUCCUCCAGGUUCCAGAGGGAAGUCCCGAAAACAGCAGAACCUGGUCAGCCACGGUAAAGCCGAUGCUGAACCGAACGAUGAUACUUUAAUCAGAAGGACGUCUGCGCAGAAAAUACAGAGCUCGUUUACAAAGAAAGCUGGACGUGUCAUCAAAUCAGUGGAUGACCCUAACAAUGUGACAAAGAUAGAAAACACAUUUGGAGCAUGGAUGAAAGACCACGCGGUGAAACAUAGUGAACAGAUUUGGAUUGUUGAGCACUUCUCAGGACUGACAAUAAAGGAGUAUGAAAAUUUAGAAGCACUCAAGAAUGGAAGUAACUUCAAAACAAUAACAUUGCCAUACUUCUUCCAUGGCUGUGGACAUGCGGUGUACAACGGCUCCAUUUAUUAUCACAAAGGAGGAUCAGAUAAUAUUAUAAAAUUUCCUCUGGAUGGGAAACGGGUCCAACGUAUGAAAAUGGACAAUGCUUUGCACAACAAUCGCAACUAUCUCUUUCAAAACGCAAAGACUUAUUUUGAUUUAUCUGCAGACAAAAGUGGGCUUUGGAUAAUCUAUGCUUCUAGUCACGACGAAAACAUUGUGGUUGGCCAGAUUGAGAGCGAUGAAAAAUCAUUUGCCAUAAUUCAGAAUAUUAACACCACUUACCCCAAAUCAAAGGCAGGAAAUGCAUUCAUUGCACGUAGCAUUCUCUACCUCACAGACACCACCGACUCCAAAGUAGUUUUUGCAUUUGAUUUGUUGAAAGAAAAGCAACUUGAUGUAAAUUUUGAUUUAAGAUCAUCAAAUGAUAUGCUUACAAUGAUAUCAUACAAUCCACAUGAUCAUCAAGUGCAUACAUGGGAAAAUGGCUACUUAAGAACGUAUGGUCUACAGUUUUUACCAGCUGAAUAAAUGCAGGCGAUUGCAAUAAUUUGUGCACGUGUUAACUGGCGUAGCUACUAAGGAGAUUUUCACAAGGUAAAUAAUUUUCCCUAAUGCCAUAAUAAUACAAUGUUUAAAUAUUUUUGACAUUUGCACAAAAUAUCUAACAUUUUUAAUAUUUCAGCACCAUGUACAAAUUGUUAAUUGUCACUUUUACACCUUUUAAUGUUCUAUAAUUCAACAUUAUGUGAUUAAUGCUGUUUAUAUCAGUGGUUAAUAAAAUGUUCAAUGGAUCAA